AGUUGAGCGCGAGGGAGUUCAGCGGGGAGCUGCGGCAGGCGAAGAUAAAAGUCAGUCCAAGAAAAAUAAGUUAUUGUUAUCAAAAACACGAUAUAACGACACGCGGCAAUUUUGUUCUCCCUCUGCAAGUGUAGAGCCAAAGAAAGUUUCGGAUGUUCGCUGGACGUGAAUAGCUUCGCCGCUCUCUGUUUAUUGACACUUGAAGUGUUUUUCCUUCUCUCGUGAGUUGUCCUCGGUAACGGACCGAAUGAUGGUGGUGAUGCUCGCGGGCGGAGAGCCUUCUGCGGCCGGGCCUGUAGCCUGCACGCCCCGGAGAGGUAUGGAUUGCGUGAACAAAGCCAGCACUGCCAACAAAAAGCUCGUCCAAGCACGCCUUCCCUUUAAGCGACUUAACCCAGUGCCUAAGGAAACAACUGAACAGACCAAAAGAACCAGAGCAGCAUCUCCAGCUCCUCCUACACAUUGUCCCAGUGCUUCUGAUGGAGAGAAUGAAGUCGAGGCUACCGCUGCACCCUUUCAACCAAGACCCGCCCUGAAAAAUGGCCGUGGGCCUCUUGAUGGUUUUAUGAGGCGGACCAAGUGUUCUCCAGUUAGUUCGGCUUCGGCUGUAGUCAUCGACUUGACUGAGGACUCAGACUCCACUGAUGUCAAAAGACAACCUUCUGCUCCCGUGGAUGCAUUGUGUCCUCCUACAGGUGAGGCUGUAAAAAAUACUCAAAAUGUCGCAGAGACAAAAGAGCCAGAAGCGGCCUUUGCUGUUCCUCUGUUGUCAGAAGAAACUAUGGAAACAGAUGAAGCAGAAGACAGUGUUGCUCUCCCCCAGUUGGACAGCACUUUGGAGUCUGAAACGGAGACAGAAGAGGAUCAGAAACAGCAAGAAGAGACUGAAGAGAGUCAAGAAAAUGAAUCUCUCUUGUCCACCAGCUCUGUGUCACUGGUUGAGAGUUCACCAGAGCCCAGCAAGAGCACCCCCACCACUCCGGCAACAGUGCCAAGGAUGAACUCUGAGCAGAAACAAUUAAAAAGACGUUCUCUUAAGAGUUCUGAGGAUCUGGAAGAGAAGCUGCGACAACGAGAGGAAAAAGAGCGGCAGAAACUGGAGGCCAAAGCUGCUAAAGAGAAGAAAAGAGAGGAAGCACGGAAGCUGAAAGAAGAUAUGAAGAAAGAAAAACAAGAGAAGAAAGAGAAGGAGGAAAAGGAACGGCGAGAGAAAAGGGAAAAGCAUGACAAAGAAAAGGCAGAGAGACAGCAGGCAAAGGAAGAGCAGCGUAAAGUGAAGAUUGAGGCUAAACUUGAAGAGAAGAGAAAGAAAGAAGAGGAAAAACGGUUGAAGGAAGAAAAAGAGAGAAUCAAAGCAGAAAAGGCUGUGAUCACUCGAUUCCUGCAAAAACCCAAGCCUCAGUUAGCACCAAAGACUCUUGCGUCUGUCUGUGGGAAGUUUGCGCCAUUUGAAAUCAAAGAACAUAUGGCUUUGGCACCACUUACCCGAGUGCAGUGUGAAGAGUCAGUUCUAGAGGAUCUGGAUCGAUACCUCACAGAACCAGAUGGAACAAUCAACUGCUUAAAAGACUGGAUAGACCAUAAACCUCGCAAGUCUGGACCAACCAAACCCAAACAAACAGACACACCCAGAGACUGUGUAGUGGUUGAUGAUUCUCAGAAAAGAGAAGGUGUUCCUGACCACAAACGUUAUGGACGCAUGAAGCUGCUUCAGUUUCGGGAAAACUAUCGUCCUGCAUACUGGGGCACUUGGAGCAAAAAAAGUAAACAUAUUUCUCCUCGCUGCCCUUUCAAGCUCGACAAGGAUUUGCUUGACUAUGAAGUGGACAGUGAUGAAGAAUGGGAGGAGGAGGAGCCUGGAGAGUCGCUGUCACACAGUGAAGGGGAUGAUGAUGAAGAAGGUGAUGAUGACGAUGAAGAUGAUGGCUUCUUUGUGCCCCAUGGUUAUCUUUCAGACGGGGAAGGAGCACUUGAAGAUGAGGAGGGUGGUGACCCUGAGAAGCAGAAGGUACGUCAGAAGCUGAAGGCUCGGGAGUGGGAUGAGCUGAUGGCUAAGAGUAAGCUGAAAGUGCUGGAGGCCGUGGUAAAGGGCUGCAUGUGGGAGGGAGAGGAUCCACCAUCAGAUGUGCUGCAGCCCUACGCAGUCUGUAUGAUAGAGCCUCUGAACACAGAGGAACCCAACACACCUGAAGAAAUCGCCUCUCGCCAACAGCGAUAUGACCAGUGGCUUUCUCAGCUGUUGCCCUUGCUGCAUGGCAAUGUGAACAGCAGUAAGGUGAUCAUCACAGAGUUCCAGGAGUUCUGUCGCCAGCAGACGUCCUCGCCAGCCGGCAGCCCACAGAGCUCUGCAGACAACGUUCCCCCUAGGAUUCGAGUAAAGCGUCUCAUGAAGGAAAAUGCAGUGUAUGAAAAACGAUCGACUUGCAGGCGGUGCUGCUGGUACGUUCAUCCCGAGGUCCUAGCGCGUUUUGGCCAGGAGGCUUUACCAGUGCCCUGUCAGUGGACCUACCUCACAACCGGAGCGCACACUGCACGAGAUGAAUCUACACUGGGGUCGCAAGGCUCCUCUCCCACUGCAUUACAUUCCACCUCCAACACUCCUUCCAACAAGAGGAAGAGUGGCAGUAACCAGUCCAUCAGAAAGUACAUGAAGAGACGUGGAGAACCUAAACAAGCUGAAGCAAUGGAAACUGAUGGCUUCCAGGCAGACUCAGAGGAUGAAGAUGAUGACGACUGUAUUAUUUUGUGCGAGCAGUCCGGAUCUUCUGAACAGAAAAGUCAAAUCCCCCAAACAGAAACCACAGAGGCGAUGGACACUCUUCUCUCUCUUCCCUGCCCUACACCAGCUACUGCCUGAGGCACCACUUCUGUUCAGUGUCUUAACUGUGUGCAUGAGGGGCUAAAGUCCUAAUCUGCAGUUACAGGUAAUGCACAGUAUUAAACGGCCCAUCAAAGGAGCAGUCAUGCUAUUUGUCAAACGAGUUGUCUGAUAGCUAGCUGUAAGAGUCUACUACUGGACAGGCUUUAGGUCUAACAAGGCUCUUUUCAGCAAAAGGCAGCUAUCUGUGGUUUAUUAAAUGGUGGUUGUGUACAAACUGUCUAGACUCUUAAGUUCCACAGUGGUUCAAUGCCACAGCACAAGAUUCUGAACUCACAGCUCAAUGUAAAAGCCCCAUUUUAAAAAUACAUGCAGUCUAUAUAUAUAAAUAAAUCUAUAUAUUUGUUUUUCCCCAGAAUACUUGAACUGGUUUAUCUCAUUAAAAAUAAUGUUUUUUGGAAAAUG